GUCGGCUAAUUGUCGAGGACUUCGUCUGCAUCACAUGAGUGCCAAACCACAGCCUUGGCACUAACAUGCACGGGCGGCUUUCCCAAUCGGUACAUGUGACAAUCCUGCGGGCCAUUGUACUCCGGUUGUGGAGCAGCACAACAUGUUAUCAGUUGAGCAAAUGUGCUUGCUGCUGCACUCGUCUUCAUCACCUCCAUCAUGGCUUCAGAUUCCCAUCCUGCAAAGGUCCCGGACUGGAACAACCUCAAUGUUCUGCACAAGGGCACUCUGCCAGUGCGUGCCUACUUCCACAACUAUGUUUCAGAGUCUGAUGCUCUGUCAUACGAUGUGAGCAAGUCCAAGACGCAUAGUCUAUCCGGAACAUGGAAGUUCAAUCAUGCCUAUUCACCCUUCGAAGCUCCUGAGGGGUUUGAGGCGCCUUCAUUCGACACUUCCAAAUGGAGUGACAUUGCAGUGCCUGGCAUGUGGCAGCUGCAAGGAUUCGGAAAGGGCCCUCAGUACACAAAUGUUCAGUACCACAUACCAGUCGAUCCUCCCAAUGUGCCUUUCACAGAGAACGAAACGGGCUCCUACGUAAGGAAGUUCAGCGUUCCAGAACACUUGCGAGAAGGCCAAAUCCGCCUCAGAUUUGAGGGAGUUGAUGCUGCCUUUCACGUGUGGGUGAACGGCAAGGAGGUCGGCUACUCUCAGGGAAGCAGGAACCCUGACGAAUUUGACGUCACCUCUAUCGUUGACAAGGAAGGCGAGAACACUCUCGCAGUCCGAGUAUACCAGCACUGUGACGGAACAUACAUCGAGGAUCAAGAUCAAUGGUGGCUAUCUGGAAUCUUCCGAGAUGUGUUCUUGGUUGGAUUUGUCAAAGAAUCUCGCAUUGAGAACGUCUUUGCUCAGACUCUCCUAGACUCUUCUUACAAGAACGCCGAGCUCAAGGUCAAAGUCAGCACUACUGGAUCGGGUAAAAUUUCAAUCAAACUGCUGGACGCCAACAAGCAAACUAUUGCAUCGAAGGAGGCGGAUGCGAACGCAGGAUCUCCGACCGAGUUCAGCAUCUCCGUCGAGGACCCUCUCAAAUGGACGGCGGAAUCACCUAACCUUUACCAUCUCACAGUCUCGCUUGAUUCGGCUCAAUUCGUUGCUCAUCGGGUCGGAUUUAGGCAAGUGGAGAUGAAGGAUGGCCUCCUCAAGGUCAACGGCGAGCGCGUUGUAUUCCGAGGUGUCAAUCGACACGAACAUCAUCCUCAAUUCGGCAGGACCAUCCCGCUCGAAUUCCUCAAGCACGAUCUCUUGACCAUGAAGCAGCACAACGUCAACGCCAUCCGUACUUCGCAUCAGCUGAAUGAUCCACGAUUGUACGAUCUGGCAGACGAAAUGGGUUUCUGGGUCAUAGAUGAAGCGGAUCUGGAAUGCCACGGCUUCGAAAUGAUUGCUGAUGCUGCACUUGACGCCAAGGAGCGUGCCCUGCCCUUCCGCGAGCGUCAACUCUUGACUAGAGAAAAGGCUGCUGAGUGGACUACAAACAACCCGGACUGGACUGAAGCGUACGUUGACCGCGCUGAGCACUUGGUGAAGAGAGAUCAACUACAUCCCUCUAUCAUCAUCUGGAGUCUAGGUAACGAGGCCUUCUAUGGACAGAACUUCAAGGCCAUGUACGAUCACAUCAAGGCGUACGACGACAGCAGGCCCAUUCACUAUGAAGCCGACAUCUAUGCAGAGACUAUGGACAUAUACUCCAGGAUGUACCCACCGAUUGAUGAGAUCAUUAAAUUCGCCGAGGACAAAACUAAGACUAAGCCCCUCGUGCUCUGCGAAUUCAUUCACGCAAUGGGUAACGGCCCCGGUAACAUAAAGGAGUACAUUGACGCUUUCUACAAGUACCCCACUCUUCAGGGUGGUUUUGCUUGGGAGUGGGCAAACCACGGCCUUCUCACGAAGGACAAGCAGACUUCGGAGGAGUACUACGCCUACGGUGGCGACUUCGAUGAGGAAGUACACGAUGGCACAUUUGUAAUGGACGGUCUGGUCAACUCUGAUCACACCCCUAAUGCUGGCUUGUUGGAAUACAAGAAGGCUAUUGAGCCAGUUCAAAUCCUCGAGUCCGAUGGAAAGAAAGCGAAGUUCAUCAACCGAUACGAUUUCGUUACGCUGGACCACUUGACAUUGCAGUAUUCUACUGCCAUUGAAUCUGGAUCAAGCAAGACGGGAUCUAUUGAGAUCCCAUCUGGAGUUGCUGCAGGCCAAACCUUCGAGGUCGAUCUUCCAAAGGUGGAUGGCUCUGAAGGCGAGAUUCUGCUGAGCCUGUCCUUCCAGCUGAAGGAAGCAACGCCAUGGCUGGAGAAGGGCUUCGAAAUUGCGACUGCGCAGGUCGUAGUUGUCCCGUCUGCUACCUUGAAAGUACUCUCAACUUCGGGCGGAAAGCUCGAGGUAGAUACCGCUACAAGGAAUACCCUCAAGGUCACAGGUGGAAAGUCGUCUUGGACUUUCAACACUCUACAUGGCGCUCUUACAUCGUGGCGCCAGGACUCGGCUGAGCUCAUCUCCAAAGCGCCCGAGCUUGACAUCUUCCGUGCUCCGACCGAUAACGACGCUCCUCAGGAUGGCUGGGACUGGGAUGAUAAGAAGCUCCAUCUCGCUAAGCUAUUCACUCGCAAGGUCGAGUGGACGCAGGCCAAAGACGGGGAUUUCAAGGUCACAGUCCACCAGCGUAUCGCACCACCGAUCCUUUCGUGGUCGAUUGACAGCACCCUUGUUUAUACAUUCAAAGCCGACGGAUCGUUGUCAAUCAAGGUCAACGGCACUCCGCAGGGCGACAACCUACCACGCACACUACCCCGUAUUGGCCUCGUAACGGAGCUACCAUCGCAGUUCCAGACCGUGGAGUGGUUCGGUCGUGGCACAGGCGAGUCAUACCGCGAUAGCAAGCUCUCACAACCCGUGGGCAAGUACAGCGUCUCCAGCGUUGACGAGCUGUGGGUCGACUACGAAGUGCCACAGGAGAGCGCCAACCGCACUGAUACGCGAUGGGUUAAGAUCAGUGACGGCAAGACAUCGUUGCUGGCGCAGUUCGUGGAUGUGAAGAGUGACGGCAAGAACAAGAAGACCUUCGACUUCCAGGCUGCGCAUUACCGCAUGAAGGAUGUUGCUGAGGCGAAGCAUCCUUAUGAGUUGCGCAAGAAGAAGAGAGAUGAGGUCGUACUGAGAUUAGACGCGGAGCAUCACGGCUUGGGCAGUGGAAGCUGUGGGCCGAGGACACUGGACGAGUAUGCACUGUUGACAGAGCCGUUUGAGUUCGAGAUCCUGCUGCAGUCCGAGUAAUUAAGAAGCAUGCGCACUUGCAGAAAAGCUUAGACCAAC